AAGUGAAUGUUAGAUUGAUAUCGAGAGACGAGAACUUUCCGUUUCUGGGUCUGUCGUUGACCUUGUACACUAAGAGCACCUUAUUUUCCCCUCUGCAUCGUUCCUGUACGAAGGCAACAAUCUGACCGAAACACUCUUGAAUAGUUUUGAAAGCCCUGGUAGCAUACCAGUCCACCAGCAUGAUGCACUCCUUGAAAGACUAUCCCUAGACAUCUGGAUGUCUCUUGAGAACUUGGGCUUCGACUCGUUUCCGUACGGUAUGAUGAUACAGGGUUUUCUGGCAGGAAUGAAAAAAAAAAUUACCGGACAAAAACACCCAAGGUGGAGCUUCUACAAUUUGAUAGGCAAUACAAGAAAGAACCCAGAUUCAGAAAAGGUGCCGCAUGAGCUCUGGCCCGCCUUACAUGCAGGUUUGUGUCGAAGACUCGAUCGUAAGAAGCUCUUCCAAACACAACACGGGCGUCUAGGCAUAGCAUCACCGGAGGUCAAGAUCGGAGAUUCGAUUAUCCUCCUCCGAGGAUGCAACCUGCCUAUGGUUGCUCGUCCGGAUGGCGAAAAAUGGAGGCUGAUAGCUCCUUCACACAUACCACAAGAUGGGAUUAUGGAGGGAGACCUGUGGGAGACAGCUCCCUUGCGUCUAUUUGUAUUUCUAUAAGCCAAUCAGGCUGCUUUUGAUCACAUAAACUUUUCUAAAAGGCAGCAAAGCCACGAUCACCUGGUAACGUUCCCAGAAAUGUGAACGGUUCUGAGUACCAGUGCUCG